AUGUGGAGAGGUGGAGGAGGUGGCAGAUAAGAAUUGUGUUUAUUUUGUUUACUUCCUUGCAGCUGUAUGCAAAAACAUCCUGACCGUGGCCGGACCUGAGGUGGAAACUGAACUGAGAUCAGCCCAUGUGACCAGAGGAGGGUUGUAUGAGACCAAGCCUGGUCAAUUCCCCUGCAAGUCCCUUCUGCACGUGUGGGGACAGAGCAACACCACCGUGAUCCAAGGCCUGGUCAGUGACAUCAUGAAGACAUGUGACCAGAAAGGAUACCAGUCAGUGGCCAUCCCUGCUAUCAGUGCAGGUAUGGGGGGGCUGGACCCUGAGCUGGUGGCAGACAGCGUUCUCCAGGGAGUCACGGCAACGGCAUCCUCCACUCCUCUCCACCACCUCAAACUGGUUCGCCUCGUCCUCUUCAAGAUGGACGUUUUCCUGGCAUUCAGACGUUCUGCAGAGCAGCUGUUACCCUCGGAGACGCUGUGGAGUUGGAUGGUGAAACUUGUUCUGGGGAGCAUAUGGAGUUGAAUGUUGACACCUGAGGGGUGUGGAGUUGUGUCGACAAUAUAGGCACACAGUUUAUUAAUGUAACACGGUAAAACACUGUAAUGGAAUUGGGGAAAUGGAAAGUGUCUUCAAAGACACAGAUUCUCUCUCUCUCUCUCUCUCUCUCUCUCUCUCUCUCUCUCUCUCUC